AUGCAGGUGUUAGAAUUGACAUUAUUGGUGCUGGUCGGCCAUCUUGUUCAUGGAUAUAGUCCAGGGAUAGACUUUGUUGGAAUUGGCUACAAUUUAUUGAAAGCUAAUCCAGAAGGGGGAGUUGGGGGUGCUGGUGGCGUCGAUCCAGGACUGAACGGUGUAAGAAAAAUAUUACAGCUGUCUUCAGGGACCGUCCCAAAAGAAGUUGCUUAUAAGCCGAGACAUAGCUGCUUACAGCAGAAAUCAACACAUGUUUAUUAUGGAAGCAAGUCUUACCAGUCGAGGCUUGGUGUUGGCGUAACUGCUUCAGGACAAGGUAAUACAGGAGUUGCCACAGCAGCUUUCAGUUUAAGUGCAGGAUAUAAACGAGCAUACAGUGAAACCAAUAAAGCCGGAAACGUCAUCUUUGAUGAUGAAACUAUUUGUAAUUUGGGAACUGCCAGAUUCACCGAGGAACUCUCUUCACAGCACAAUCUUCAUGUUACCAUCAACUUUGCAGCCGCUCUUUGUUCCCUUCCUGUAUUAUAUAACAGUGCGGUUUAUAUGAAGUUCCUGGACGACUGGGGAACGCACGUGGUAAUGCAAGUUGAUUUUGGUACAAAAUUAAUCAAAAGAUAUGAAUCUUCUAGGACAGAAUUUAUAAAGCACGUACAGAAAAGUGGAGGAUUUGGAUUGUCGGUUGGCGGAUUUCUUAGUUUAGAUUUCAAAACUUUUAAAGCGAGUAGUGCAUAUAAGCUUCGGUUUGGAACCUAUCAAUCAACUCUUACAUCUGGUAGUACCAAUCAACCAGAACCAAUUGGUCUUACCAUCAAAACUAUUGCAGAAGCUCUAAAUAAAGAUUACUGGCAAGGAUCGUCAGUUUUGAAGGCUUGUGGUCACUCGUUGUCUGUUUUACGAUUCAAACAAAUCCAUCUAGUGACGGCCUUAACUGGUUAUGCUAAAUUCAAACUAUUUACACCACCCACAGAUCCUCAGCUACGGAUUCCUCUUACAUGGCCAUCUGGAACAUAUGGUCUUAUAAAAACUACUUCUGGAUGCCCCGCUGGUAGAGUCACUUGGCAUGAAGGAAUGAGACAUUACGAUGAUUACAGCCGUCAUAGAGCUAAGACCUCAGAAUUUGCUUCAAAUUACUACAUCAAAAAUAGUAACGAGUGGUCUAAUCCUAACCAUAUAGCAGGUACCAAAGGUCGGGAUAUCGACAUAGAGUUCUGUAUGAAGGGAGAUAAUAAAAUCACUGAAUAUGAUGGUGAUUGGCCAGCUGGAGAUUAUUGUAUUCUGAAAUAUGGCGACUGUCCUAAAGGCUUCCAAUCGGGAUCCAUCUUCUGGGAUGAUAAUGACACGAGAAAUCAUAAUUUUCAGGGCGGAACUGUACCAGACGGCCAGUACGAUGCCGAUACAAGAAUAGAUUUUUGUUGUAGACAGGAUGCUUUACCCACCCAUGAAAUCCUGCUACCAACAGAAAAACCCUUCAUUUUGUUUAAAUAUACCCGAGAAUGUCAGCAUAUAAAGGACAUGGUUGUGAGGGAAGAAUAUAUAGUAUGGACAGAUGACAAUUACCACGGUCACGACAAGGUUACAGGAGCCCACCCUUUUGAUGAUGGUGGACACGAUCUGCACAAAUUACAUUUUUGUUAUUAUGCUAAAUCAGGUUCAUCAUUAAUAGGAUAAAUGGUUUAACAAUGU